AUGCCGUCCGAUUCAAAAAAGAAACGUGAUGCUCAAAAGAAAACAGCAGCUAAACAACGACAAGGUCAAAAAAAACCCGAUCCAAAAAAUAAUGCUGAAGGUAAUUCUAAUCCAAAUGAUGACGAUUACAAUGAAGAUAAUGAUGAUGUGGACAGUCAAAAUGAAAAUGAAGCACCAACAAAUGGUACAACAGAUAUUGUUGAACCAAAUGUUAAGUCAUUAAUACAAAAUCUUGAUUUAUUAUCUAUGGUGGAAAAAGCAAAUGCUGAUGCACGAGCUAGCACCGGUGUUCUUGGAAGUCAUCCUCGUGGUCGAGAUAUUCAUAUAAAUCAAUUUUCUGUUACAUUUUACGGACAAGAAAUAUUAGUCGAUGCUGAUUUUGAAAUGAAUUGUGGUCGACGAUAUGGUUUUGUUGGUUUGAAUGGAUCAGGAAAAUCAACUAUCCUUGCUUGUAUUGGUAAUCGAGAGGUACCAAUCCCAGAACAUAUUGAUAUAUUCUAUUUAUCACGUGAAAUGGCACCGGUAAAUAAAACGGCAUUACAAUGUGUUAUGGAAGUUGAUCAUGAACGUAUUAAACUUGAAGCUGAAGCUGAGCGCUUAGCAUCACUAGCUGAUGACGAUGGUAAGCUUAUAUAA